CGUCGCUCGUUGUUUGUGUGUAUGUUCUGUUUCUUUUGACGCGUUCUCCGUUGCCCCAGCCGCGUGCAAUGUGACAUUGAAGGAAGCGAACGACGGAGAGAGGCCUCCUCCUGCGAGACGGGGCGCCGAGGAGCGAAUGCGACUCGCCCGGUAACCUACAUAACGCGCACCCAAGAAGCGGCUGCAGGCUCGGCCCACCGACGAAAAAAAAGAGACGGAUGCGUACGGGCCCGUGGCUGUACCGUGGCCCAGCAAGGAAGAAGGACUGCGCGUCACCGCUAGCUUUCGGCCGUUGUCGUCGCUUGUUUCGUGCCGAGGCGGCCGGACGGCGCGUCACGCGUGUGUGAGCGCCCGUCCCGUGUGCGUGUUUGUGUGUGUGCGCGCGCUGCUGCGCAGUUUUCUUUUUUUCGCCUCGACGAGCGGUGUUUACCCCGGUCCGACGUAGAGAGGGAACAAUGAAUUUCGCGCAUCCGCUGCCUCGCUGUAGCUGUGGCGAUCCGGCGACGCUGUUUCCGCGGCUCCAUCGGUACUCCGUCAACACGUCGUCGUCGUGGUCGGGCCGCACCUUCGAGUAGCGAGCGGCUCGUGUGAUUGUGCGCGCUCUGUGGUGCGUGCGUGAUCGCCGACUCACCGUCGUCCCCACAACGUCGUAGACCUCCUCUCCGCGCUGUUACACCACCACCAGCUGUUUUUUUUCUUCUGCCAGCCAGGAAAAGAGUAGGCGGUGGCGACGGUCUUUCUUUCUUUUGUUGUUGUUGUUGUUGAGGGUCAAGCGGGAGUGAGUGGUCGUCCAGAGCGGACGCCUGUGUAGCAACAACAAACAACUGUGUGUGUGAAACCGCGCGCGCGCGCGCUUGGCAGUGUUUGCCGAUCUCUCGAAGGUCGGCGGCGGUUUACCAGUACCGCCCAGCGCAGCGCAUAUUCGUCGCGUCGUCGGCGCGUUCCUUCGGAGAGCGAGAGCCGACGCCAGCAGGCCGCUUGUCAAGGCAGCCGAACGCGCUCGCGCACCUUCCCAUGUCGCUGUCAUCGGCGCCGCCGACGACCGCAGCUACUACGCUAUGCAUUCUUCGAAUUCCUCACCGCCUUCGUCGUCGACGCGUCGGCGCAGCGGCGGAGGCAGUCAUCACCCGGGAUCCUUCUUCACGAUUCCACGAUGGAUGGGCGGCGGUGGCAGCGGCGGCAGCAAGAAGCAGCUGCAGUACCGAAGCCUGCGAUCGCUCGAGGACCCGACGCCCACGUCGACGACGACUUCGGGGCGUCGCAAGCGUCCCAGCCUCUUCGAUCAGAUGGUGAAGCGCUUCUUCACGCCUCACGUCGGUCACCACCAGCGAGGCGGGACGUCGUCGGAGUCGUCGUGGAACGGGGUCGUCAAGUACCCGGCGCCCUCUCGAAGCGGUUCUCUGAGGGACCUCCGGACUCGGGCCGUAGGCGGGGACCCCGGUGGCGGGGAUGACACCUUCUUCGCGGGCAACGGAGGCAAGAAACACCAGCCGGACGGCGCCGCCGGAUCGGCCCUGUCUCGGACCGCGGUUCCCGCCGUGGCCGGGAUUCGGAACGAAGGCAACACCUGCUUCAUGAACGCCGUGCUCCAGUGUCUGAGCAACACGGACGCCUUCGCCGAGUACCUAGUCUCCGGCAGCUACCGCGAGGACCUGGCGCGAGCCAAGGGUCGCGGGGGCUUCGCGACGCCGUCGGCGCGCGUCACCGAACAGUUGGCGCACGUAUUGGGCGCCCUGUGGUCUUGCCGUACGGAGGGCGACUUCGCGGCCCGCUUCAAGGCUUGCGUCGAGAAGCACGGCAGCCAGUAUCAAGGCAGCGAGCAGCACGACGCCCAGGAGUUCCUCAUGUGGCUUUUGGAUAAAGUUCACGAGGAGUUGCUCGCCGACGACGCGACGACGUCGGGUGGUGGUGGUGGUGGAAGUUCGUCGUCGACGAACACGGGGUCUCGGUCGAGGCGCGGAUCGCUGAAGCGUUCCAAGAGUCGAUCGUCCUCGGUGAAAGGUGCCAGCGCGGCAACACCAUGGCAGGGGAGCCCCGUUGCAUCGCUGUUUGCCGGUCAGCUUCGUCUUCGGCUGACGUGCCCGCGCUGUGGCCAGCAGAGCAACACGUUCGACCCGUUCGUCUGUCUCUCACUGCCCAUACCGGCGGCGAGCCAGUGGCUCUGUCAUGUCCACUUUGUCCCGCGCAACUCCCCGCCCACGAAGCUGGCCUUCCACAUGGAUUUUGGGGCACCGAUGGAGCAAGUGCGACUCCGGAUAGCCACAGAGUGCCACAUUCCACCCCACCAGCUGCUCCUGCUGGAAGAGACCAAAGACGGGUUUGGAUUGCUGUUCGAGGGCGACGAGAUUGCCAGCGCUCUGUCGGCAAACUCCCGCUUGGUCGCCCUGGAGCUGGCGCCUGCGAGCACGGACCCAGCCGUUCCCAAGGACAGCCAGAUUCUCGUCCUGUGUCGGUCAAAGGUCGGCACUUCCGGUCCUUGCCUGGGUGCCUCGCGAGCAGCCUGGGUGUCCAGGGAAGUCUCGGUUCUGGAGCUGAAGAAGAAGCUGCUCGAGGGCCUCCCCACAUCAAGGCAGUCGGCACUGAAAGACCAGGACUUGGUGAACAGGCUGGAUGUGCUGGUGUGGGACGCCCGCCUGAGCCUUCCGGCGGACGUGGACCACCCGCUCUUCCUGGAGUUCGUGGACUGUCUGCUGGAGUCGUCGAGGGACCUCGCGCCGGCACCCCUGCUCCGAGUGGUCCUUCAGUGGGAGCCACAAGUUGCCGACCGGCUGUUCCUGGCUGAAGAUUCCAUCGUGGACGAUAUCGGUGUGACUCAGCAGGAACCGGAGCCGUCGGUGUCUCUUUCGGACUGUCUUGCCUUUUACUUCACGGAGGAAAAGCUGGAACCAGAAGAGGCCUGGCUGUGUCCCCAGUGCGACAGUCGGCAGCAAGGGUUCGCGCAGCUCGGGCUCUGGUUCUGCCCCGAGAUCUUAGUCAUACACCUCAAGCGCUUCCAUCAGAACGGAGGCCGUCACAGCAAGCUGGCAACACGGGUCGAGAUUCCUUUUCAAGAUCUGGACCUCAGCGGUCACCUCUGCCAGGGUGCUUCGGGGUCUGGCAGCGCCCUCUACGACCUGUACGCCUUCUGCAGCCACCAUGGGACAGGACUGCAGGGGGGCCACUACACAGCUUGCUGUAAAAACCCCGUGGACGAACAGUGGUACCUGUUCGACGACGCCCGGGUCCGUCGAGCGUUGGAUGAAGAUCUGGCCGCGCGCGACGCCUACCUGCUGUUCUACCGAAGGCAGCCGGUGACCUCUCGCGUGACACGCUCAGUUUCUCCGGGGCACUGGUUCACGAGGACUCCGCUGCCGACGAGCCGGAGCCACCAGCACCUGGCACGUAGUUCGCCGUCGAGGAGCGCCAGCAACCCGUCGGUCCGCGGCGAACCGUUGCAGCAGGCCUCGUCCCCGAGCGACAGCAUCGACACCGACUUCGGUGCACAGUCACCGGGGUCUCCUCCUUCCCUCCGGGAACUUGGUACCGACUUUUCGCCGUCUGCUGUGAAGACAAGUUUGAUGGACAGCUCAGCGUCUUCCGAUAUAACGUAAGUUUAUAUGCAUAAAAAAUUGA